GCGAAGUAAAGGGAGGAGGAGCACUCGUAGAGCCUGGUGCAGUUUAAAUUAAUGUCAACCUGUCUCUUCGUUGUGAGAACAAACCCAGCGCAGAUAGCGAAAGUACACACUCGGCGCAACCUACUGCAAGCCGCUGUCCAGACUGGAACAUGACUCGGCGGCCGAGAAACAGUGUUUACAGUAGUGAGGAGGAUGAUGAGGAGACAGAGAUGUGUGAGCAUGAUUAUGAUGGAUCGCUGGCCAAGGCAGGGAAACGCCACCUUGGCAAAACACGCUGGACACGAGAAGAGGAUGAGAAGUUGAAGAAGCUUGUUGAGCUUCAUGGAUCAGAAGACUGGAAAGUCAUUGCAAAUCUUUUAACUAAUCGUACAGAUGUGCAGUGCCAGCACAGAUGGCAGAAAGUACUGAACCCAGAACUCAUUAAAGGGCCCUGGACCAAAGAGGAGGACCAACGGGUGAUCGAGCUGGUCCAGAAAUACGGAGCCAAGCGCUGGUCAGUGAUCGCCAAACACCUGAAAGGACGGAUCGGCAAGCAGUGUCGGGAGCGCUGGCACAACCACCUGAACCCAGAGGUUAAGAAGACCUCGUGGACUGAGGAGGAGGACAGAAUUAUCUACCAGGCACAUGAGAAACUGGGAAACCGUUGGGCAGAAAUUGCAAAGCUGCUCCCCGGCAGGACUGACAAUGCCAUAAAGAACCACUGGAACUCCACCAUGAGGCGGAAGGUGGAACAAGAGGGUUACCUCCAGAGCACAUCAAAGAACAGCAGCUCCUCACUGUCCAUCAGCCAUGGUUAUGUCAAGCCCACCAAUCACAUCAUGAGCUUCCCCCACCACUCGCCCAAUCAUGCACAGCUGCCUCCUUUGUCACCUUACCCCUACAUACCUGACACACAGAGGGUGCCUUUCCCAAUGGCCUUGCAUUUGAACAUCUUGAACAUUCCUCAUGGAACCGCUGCUAUACAAAGACACUAUGGUGAGGAAGACCCUGAGAAGGAACAGAGGGUGAAAGAGAUUGAACUGCUGCUCAUGUCAACAGAAAAUGAGCUGAAAGGCCAGCCAUCACUACCAAUGAAUUUGCCCUUUCCAAGCUGGUCCAGCCAGAGCUCCUUGAUAAGCAGUUUAGAUGGUGCAGUGAUGUCUUUACCUAAUCAUCAGGCAGGCGCCCCAGCCCUGCCUCUUGACCAGAGCUGCCUACCUGAGGAGAGCGCCUCUGCAUCACGUGCCCACAGCAGUAAUGGUAGCAGCAGCAACAACAGCAGCCAUCACAACAGUCCAACUUUCUCAAAUGCAAUCCCAGACUUCAUGGAUUCUGUAAUUGAUUCAUUUCUCAACCAGUCAAUGAGCCCAGAACACUCUGAUGACAGUUUACGAAUGAGCUCUCCUGUGGACUCCAAGCCUCUAAUUGAUCACUCCAUCAGGUCCCAGAAAGAGAAUGAAAUGUUCCGAACUCCAAACAUUCGCAGAUCGAUCCAGGAGUCGACGCCACGUACUCCCACACCAUUCAGAUCAACUCUGGCUCUUCAGGAGGCCAAAUAUGGACCUCUAAAACUACUGAAUACCACUUUGGAGCAGCAAAUGGUCGAAUCCAUCAAGCAGGAACCAAUGGAGUGUGCCAUUGAGCAGCCGCCACUUAAAAAGAUAAAACAAGAGGUGGAGUCCCCAUGUGAGAGGAGCCCAUGCAUGCAAUGGGAAGGACAAGAACUCAACACACAGCUCUUCUCCCCCAAUGGCCCUGCACAGGAAGUACCUGAUCUUCUUACCAGCUCAUUACUCAGUGAAGAUGGACACAAAACCUACCAUCUUCCUCACAGAGGCAUGAACAGCCCACUACAGCAGCAACUCAGUUCCUGGGAGCAGGUGACCUGCGGGAAGACAGAGGAGCACAUUUUGGGCUCAGAGCAGAGCCACAAGUAUAUCAACACUUACCCUACCAGGACACUGGUGAUGUAGACAGAGACGAAUGUUGAUCUGGAAUCAUCAACACUCCCUGCGCUGGACACGGCGUUGUGGGUUUCAUAUUUGUUGUGGUACAACAGUUGGGAGAGGCUUUACGCCACUGGUGUUUUUACACUCAAACUUGUUGGAUUUCAACCAACCAAAAACUAAACAUUUGUUUUCUUUCCUUUGAAUAGAAUUUGAUUUGGGUUUUUAUAAAUAUGCAUCCUAGCUCGUUUGGUCUUAUCUUUGUAUUAUGAUCAUUGUUGUAUUAUAAAUGGGAAAUGGUGAAUAUGUUUGCAUUGGGCUGUAUUAUUAGUUACAAAUUUUAAUAUUAAUAUAAAGAACAAGUUGAUUAAUUUAUUUGUUUUUUUUCUUUCUUUUUUGUUUUUAAUGAUGACUUUGUUGUUGUUUUACAAUUGGCCAAUGGAGCAGUGUUGUAAUUAUAAGUAUUUAAGCCCUAGUAGCAUUAUCAUUUAUCCAAAGGCAUAAUAAUAAUUCCAGAACUGACCUCUGUAUUUCACACAUGAAUCUAUUUCAUUUUUUUUGUUUUUGUUUUUGUUUUUAAUGGCUGCAUGGGUCCACUGAGAAUUUUGAGGGUUUGGUCUGUGCCGUCUCAUGUAAACACUUAUUAAGAACUGCUGUGUCUGUUCUUAUAUCAUUAUUCAAAAAGCCACAGUAGUAUUACCAGAUGGCCUUAUUGCUACCUUUAAUUUAAACCAAUUUUUCAUUUCAAAUAUCAAUUUUAUGCUUUAAAAGUGUCCUGUAUUAGGAUCCAUUACUAGAACAAAUAAUUAAUGUUCCUAGCAUAUCAGUAUGCCUUUGUAAAGAUGAGGAGAAGAAAAAAAGUACACUAUUCUGGCAUUUAAAAUCUGUAAUGAAUGAGCUUCACCCAGUAAGAGUAAGACCAAGCUGCAUGUGAAUUUUAUAUUCUCCAUAAAAAAGUGAGAUUUGUAAACACUGAUGUUUUUAUAUCAUACUACAGUAAAAAGCCCUGUUAAAGCGUUUGUAUUAUUUUUUUAAAUUUUUUUUUUAAAAUACUUUUGUAUUGUUUUGUAAUGCAUCAGCAUUUUGUUUCUUACAAAGACUGCAGUUACCCAUCUCAAACACUUAGCACACAUUUUUUGUGAUUUAAUGCCUUUAUGAUACUAGCUUUGGAGCAAUUUUUUUACUUUACAAAAGUUUUUAUACAUGCCAAGUUUUCAUGUUUGUUAUACUUUUGUAUACUGCCUAGCAAAUAAAGUGUGCUGUUUUUAUG